CAUCCAGAACAAGUGCCAGGACACCGAUGUUGAUUGCAAACUGAGAUGGAUUAAUUCAACAGUGUCCACUACUCUGUCAGAGAAGACAGUGUCCAGUCUCCUGGACAAUUUGCUGGAUUCUUCUCAAGACGUUCUGUCCUCCAAGGGAGAUGCUGUGCUUCAGUCCACUGAGGACCUGGUGUCCACCUUGGUCAAGCCCACAGCCACUCAGUCCAGGACAAACUUCACCACCAACACCACAGCUGUGGAGAUGCUGAGCAUUGGGCCGAGCACUUCCCUGACUGGAGCCUCACAGCUGGUGACCUCUAAUGUUACUGUUGACAUCGACCUCCUGGGAAUCGCUCGCAAUAACAACGGUUCAGCAUCAGUGGUGGUCAUCAUCCAUGACAGGAUGCAUGAAGUCCUCAAUGCAAGCCUCUUCAAGACAGAAGACAGUGGAACCACAGUUGCAAUGAUGUCCAACGUGAUCUCCAUCACCUUACCGAAUACACAUAAUAGGACACUACCACAGCCAGUCAAUAUCAGCAUGCAACACCUCACGUCUGUGGGUCUCCAGGAUAAACGGUUUUGUGUGUACUGGAAAGUCUCUUCCUGGAUUCAAGAUGGCUGCCAUGUCAGUGCGACCAACUCCAGCCGCACCGUGUGCUCAUGUGAUCACCUCUCCACCUUCGCCCUCAUCAUGUCUGUAGAUGACAACUUAGAGAGUGACCCUGCAGUGAACGUUCUGAACACCAUCUUGGUGCUGAUUGGCCUGCUGUUCCUGACCUUGGCGGUGAUGACCUUUGCCCUCUGUCGAUGGAACCCCAGGGUGUCCAACGUGGCUCGCCUGAACCUGUGUGUGUGUCUGCUGCUGGCCCACACCCUCUUCCUGCUCACACAGAGCUUCCUCAGACGAAUAAGGGCCCACCAGGUGUUGUGCAGCGUACUGGCUGGAGUCCUGCACUACCUCUUCCUCUCUUCAUUCGUCUGGAUGUUCAUAGAGGCUGUGAUGCUCUUCCUGUCUGUACGGAAGCUCAGGCAGGUCAAACCUAGCGAGAGGGCGUGGCUACAGUGGAAGGUCUCCCUCCCGAUUGGCUACGGGAUCCCGCUAAUCAUCGUGGGUGUGUCUGCUGGAGUGAACCCUGAGGGACACGGCAGUGACAAAUGCUGGCUAAUGGACGACUUCAAAUGGAGUUUCCUUGGCCCUGUUUGUUUCCUCCUUGUUGUCAACACCAUCCUCUUCCUCACCAUCAUCAUCACCAUCCAGUCUACUCUGAAAGAGGCACGCAGUGACGUCUCAAAGGUCAAAUACACCAGGGUUCUGCUGUUCAAACUGACAGUCCAGUUCCUCAUCCUGGGUUGCCCCUGGUUACUGGGCAUGGGGGCAGCCACAAGUCGGGUUCUAGAGGUUCUCUUCCUGUUCCUCGCCUCCCAGCAAGGAACCGCCAUCUUCCUCAUCCACUGCCUCCUCAACACAGAGGUGCGGUGUCAGUACAGGAAGUGGUGGCAGAGGUUCGGUCCGUCCAGCAAGCAACCAGAGUCAGGAACUGGAACAGGGACUGGAACUGCCUCUAUCAGUCUGACCCAGCAGCCAAGCAGGGACACUUGA